AUGGUUCCACCGGCGGCUGCCCAGGGAGCGCGCCGCGCCGCGGUGAUCACGGAGGAGGAGCGGCGGCGCAACCGUAUGACCUCCAACCGGCUGUCGGCGCGCAAGUCCCGCAUGAAGCAGCAGCAGCACGUCGACGACCUGACCGCGGAGAACGAGCGCCUGCGGCGCGAGAACGAGGCGAUGCGCGCCAGCGUCGGCGACGUCCUGCAGCAGAGCCGCGCGCUGGAGCAGGAGAACCGGGUGCUCGCCGCGCACGCGCGCCAGCUGUGCGCCGCGCUCCUACUGCGGAACUCUCAGCUCCGCCUGCUCGGCGACGUGUCCGGCGUACCGCUCGACGUGCCGGGCGUGCCCGACCACCUCGUGCAGCUCUACGGCGGCGUGCACAUGCCAGUCACGCCGCUCUCGCCGUCGCCGCCGCCCCUGCAACUGCAAUUGCCGCUGGAGAUCCAGCUGAUGCUGCUCCAGCCCGACGUCAUGGACGCCGUCGGUAUGCUCGUGUGA